AAGGCAGUGACGACGGAAGACGCUAAAGUGGUAAUGGAAGCUGAAGUCUGUAACAAUCCAGAAAUGACAACCACCAUUGCUGGUGUGGGUGAGAUGAUGAGUGCAGCUGCAAGGCUUAAUCAAACCACGAAAUAAUCAAUUUGUGAGUUCAAAAUGGCUGAAGAGCCCGUCAAAUACGGCGACGUAUUCAUUGUAUCAGGCCAAGUUGCGAAUAAGCCCAUCUUACCGGAAGAUGCCGCGGCUAUGGAAGCAGGAGAGAGAAAAGUCAUGGGCCAAAGCCCACUCUUUGGCCCAGCAUCCAUUAUGCAAUCGGCCGCAUCCAUUAACGUGCAUUCAGGACAUUGCAGCCCAACUUCAAACCCGGUUAGUGAAGGGGUUGAUGUGACAGAAACGGAUAUAGAUGGCAUCCGGGUUAUUACAGAAACCGUCCACAAUGAGGUAGUAGGGCAAUAUAUUGAACCAAGUGUUACAGAAGCGAAUGAGACUUCAGCAGCGGAACAAACCCAAAUCCAGGAAAGGGAGUCAGUCACAAUUGGUGAAGCCUUGGAGGCAGUGGCACUUUCUGCCGGUGACCACGCCGUUGAUAAGGCCGAUGCAGCUGCGAUAGAGGCUGCCGAGAAGAGAGCUCUUGGCACCGAUACACUGCCUCGCGGCAGCCUAGCUGAGGAGGCUUACAGUGCAGCCGCUUGGAAUGCUCAAACGUUACGAUAUGAAUUUAGGACUACUAUGGAUGACAUCCUUAGGGAUGCUAGUGAUAAAUUGGCACAUGAUAGGCCAGUAACACAUGAAGAUGCCAAAGAAAUAUUAGAAGCUGAGGCCCGUAAUGAUCCAGCCAAUGCUAUCACUGCUGGUGGAGUGGGUGAAAUGAUGUCCGCAGCUGCAAGUCUAAACAUUCCUAAACCCUAGAAACAAUUUUCCAAUACUAAUAUGUUAGUUAAUUAAUGUCAAAUAUAAGCAGUCAUGUAUCUAUUAUACAUCCGGGCGUAUUUGUAAUGGACACACAUUCUCGUGAACAAAGUUCAUUCUACACCUCGGUUUUUCUCCAGUGUUAGAUUUUGAGAAACUCCUUGAAUUGGAGUAUAUUCCAUUAAUUGUAUUUAAAAUUUUGUACAAAUUCUUUGUAAAUCGAAAAAAGAAAUUAGAUCUAUAACCAAAGCUCUGAUACCA